CACACACACACACACACACACACACACAGACGGAGAUGCCAGCCGUGAGAGAACAGAAGGACGAAUCCGAGUCAUCGUCUGAAGAUGAGGCGGAGAAACCUCCGUGCAUUGCCUGGAGUGGUGUCAGCAAGCGGAUUCCCGUGCUGCUCUUCUGUGCAGAAGCCGUUGUGUCCAAAGAUGUGGUCAUCCGCUCUGUUGGAGAAAAAUAUAACUUGGCCUUCAAGAUUGUGUGUACGGAGAGCCGUCUUGUUCGUGGCAUGCUGGUCAAUCAUGGAUUCCACGAGGUGCACCCAAAUAGCAAUGAUUUUAACCUGAUGUGGACCGGCUCACACCUGAAGCCCUACCUUCUGCGCUCUCUGCAGGAUUUCCAGAAAGUCAACCACUUUCCCAGGUCGUACGAGCUCACGCGGAAAGACCGGCUCUACAAAAACAUCCAGAGGAUGCAGCAAACCCACGGCUUGCAAAACUUCCACAUCGUACCCCAGACCUUUGUGCUUCCUGCAGAGUUCCAGGAAUUCAGCAGCUCCUUCAGCAAAGACAAGGGUGCGUGGAUCAUCAAACCAGUGGCGUCCUCCAGGGGCAGAGGCAUCUAUCUAGUCAGCAGUCCGAGUCAGAUCCCACUGGACGAGAAUAUUCUGGUGUCGCGCUACAUCAGCAAUCCUCUGCUAAUUGACGGUUUUAAGUUUGACGUGCGUCUGUAUGUGCUGGUGACCUCAUAUGACCCUCUCCUGAUCUAUCUCUAUGAGGAAGGUCUUGCCAGGUUUGCCACGGUGAAGUAUGACCACGCCACGGCAAACAUCAAGAACCAGUUCAUGCAUCUGACCAACUACAGUGUCAACAAGAAGAGCAGCGACUACGUCAGCUGCGAUGACCCUGAAGUAGAGGAUUAUGGGAACAAAUGGAGCAUGAGCGCAAUGCUGAGAUAUUUGAGGCAAGAAGGCAAAGACACCACAUUGCUCAUGGGCCAGAUCGAGGAACUGAUCAUUAAAGCUCUUUUGAGUGCUGAGAUCCACAUCGCCACAGCCUGCAAGAUGUUUGUCCCUCAUCGCUGCAACUGCUUCGAACUGUACGGCUUCGACGUUCUCAUUGAUUCCAACCUCAAACCGUGGCUCUUGGAAGUGAACCUCUCUCCUUCAUUGGCAUGCGAUGCUCCUCUGGAUUUAAAGAUAAAGGCCAGCAUGAUCUCCGAUAUGUUUUCUCUUGUGGGUUUUGUGUGUCAGGAUCCAUUAUUACGACAGCCGCGUCCCGACAGAGCUGGGAUUGAUUCAAGAAUGAAGAAUCCUCCGCAGAAACUUCAGCGUCAGAGACUGCCAUCCGCUAACAGUGCAGACCCAGAAGCUCAGAGAGAGAAACCCGGUGCUAAGCUAGCGGAGAGUACGCUGAGUCUGACGGCAGAAGAGAUGAAAGUGCUGAGGAGGGCACAGGAGGAGUAUGACAGGAGGGGUGGGUUUGUUCGGAUCUUUCCUACUCCGGACACCUGGGAGCUUUACAGUGGUUAUCUGGAAUACAAGAGCUCUAUGAACGCCAUGUUGGCUAAUAAACUUUUCCAUGGAAGAUCUGUGAUCUCCCGAUCGAGGAACAGGGUGAGUGAUGAUAGAUCUCUGGUUGUGGGGACCUUCUACACGCACCAUGUGGUCCAAUAUGAAAGGAAGCUUCUUAGUCUGGAGACACGCAAGCAGAGACGCAAACCCGGACGAGCCUCCGCCGGAAGAAGACGAGCAGGUCUGAAAGCGUCUCAGUCCCCUCACAUGAGUGAGAAUGAGGACGGGGUUGAGGGAGAGAUAGAGCUAAAAUCACCUCACCUCCACACAAACACUGCGCUGGAACAAACCUCACAACCCAAAGUCAACCUGCUCCACAUUCUCCAGCAAGAAUGGGACCUCAGUAAAGUUCAAGCACGCAUGGCCUUCUCCUCUUACCUGCACCGUGUGCAGCUGCGCCUACUGGCUGAGAGCAGAGCCAACAUGGGCCCGGCCUGGACACAGAAGGAGCACGAUCAGAUGGAGCUGGUCAUCCGCUUUCUGAAGAGAGCCAGCAGUAACCUGCGUCAGGACAUGUGUCUGGAGGAGCCCAGCCGUCAGCUGUGUCUGUCAGACCGCCAGCGCAUCCUCUCCCAUCAGCUCGGGAACUUCAUACAGCUCUAUAACCAGGAAACCAAGCAAAUGGUGGAGAGUUUGGACAAGAUUCCAGAUGAGGAUCGCUGCAUCAACUCCAAUGUUUUCCAGGAGUUUAUUCUGGAGGCGAGUGAAAAUGACUUGGAGGAAGUCCUUACGUUCUACACGCAGAAGAAUAAGUCUGCCAGCGUGUUUCUGGGCACGAAGUGUGACAGCAGCAGAGUCGAGAGGAACAGAGAGACAGCUGCGUGUAUCAACACAGACGCCUCUGAUGGUUUAGACAACGCAGAUGCAAUCAGCAAGAUCCAAAACACAGACAGUACUGCAGCUCAAACCGGAAACCAGGGCCAAAGUAAAUUAACCCAAAGCACAGAAAACUGUAGUGCAACUAAACAUGGUAACAAAACCAAAUGCAACUCAUUGCAAAAUGGACACAUCCAAAGGAAAAGCCAAAGUGGAGACUGCACCGCUAUUGAAGUGCUACCCAAUCCUUCGACUGCCGCAGAGACCGAAUCAAGAGCAAGCAAGACUCACACUUCUGCUGUCAGAAACAAGAGAACAAGCAGCGAUCAAUCGAACGCUGCAGCUCUGGAGUGUGAACACAUCGUCUUACAGCACUGCCUCCCGCCGCCUUACGUCCAGCCGCCGCCACAUCCACUGGCCAACAGCUCGUCUGUGUGUGUCAAAUGGGCCUCCGCACGCAGCGAAUCUACUGCAUCAACAGCUGCCCAAGAAACAUCUCGACCGAUCCAUCCCACCUGUGUCCUACCCAGAGCCACGCACCUCUCCAUCCAGAGAUCAGCACGGCCGUCCUCCGCAGGACACAUGAGUCAGAAGCCCAGUCUGAGUAAGUCCAGACCUGGUUCUGCUGGUUUGCUGAAAGAGACUGACUCGCUGUCGGCCCAGGCUCAGUCCAACCAGCUGGCCAUCGUAUCUGCUCUGCGCAAACUAGUGGAGAAACAGGCGGCUCGUCAGUACAGCACAUCCAGUCACAUCAGCCUCCUCACGCAGCAUCUGACGAAUCUGAAUCUGGCCAAUGGGCUCUUCAGCAGAGGAGGUCUCACGUUGAGUCCCGGGGUCCGGCACGGGCCUGUGAGAGCGGUGCAUACAAACACGACCGCUGGGAACUCUGGUCUCAGGGCUGCUUGUGAAGCCGAGUCGGUGUGUGACGUAGAUCUGCUCAGCGCUCAGAAGCCGCCGCCGCCGCCGCCGGCUGCGGGAAACUACCAGCUUCAGUUCGCCAUCCAGCAGCUGCAGCAGCAGAAGCUUCGAUCCAGACAGCUGCUCGACCAGAGCCGCACGCGUCACCAGGCCAUUCUGUCGGCACACACGCUCACACCUGCUGCUUCAGCACGACCUCACGCUCCCAGCAGCCCUCUGAGCCAGCCGUUCAGACGCACCUUCAACCAGACGGGCCGCGCCGGGCUCCUCACGCUCGUGCCCAAACCUCCCAGCAGCACGCCGAGAGACGGACGCGUGCGCAAGACCGUCACACACGCUCUCCACAAGUAA